UCGGGAGCCGCUCGGGUUCAGAGCCGAGGCGAGGCGAAGCGAGGCGCCCGGGGCUCCGGAGGAAGGCAGCGCGCCGACAGGGGAGGCUGGAGGGGACCUUCGCGGGGCCCAGAGCCCGGGAGGAGGCGGCGGACGAGGAGGAGGAGGGAUGCCCGGCGGCGUCGGGCUCGGCGCCUAGCCCCCCUUCCGCCUGGUGCAUGGCCCGGCCAUGGAGGUGGUGGACGAGACGGAGGCGCUGCAGCGCUUCUUCGAAGGUCAUGAUAUCAAUGGAGCUCUUGAACCAUCCAAUAUUGACACCAGCAUCCUGGAAGAAUACAUUGGCAAGGAAGACUCGCCAGAUAUCUCUGAUUUGGACUCCAUCACCGACAUCUCAGCCUCAGCUGGCUACCCUCAUGCUCAGCCUUCCAGCUCUGCCAGUGUGAAUGCCUCUCUCUCCAGUGCUGGCCAUGUGACUAAUGCUUUAACUAGUGGUGCCCUCCAUCAUGCUCCCCCAAACACCCCAAUCCGGCACAGUCUCCAUCAUGGCCCUCCAAGCACCCAAGUUCCAAUCCGACAUGGCCCCCCUUUGCCUAAUCCAUGUGGACCCAGCUACAGUGCUCACCUCAACUGCAAUAACAACAAUGGCAUGGUGGUGCCCAAGGGCUACCUCGGUGGACACUGCCUGACCAACAUUCCCCCACCAAUCAAAUCCGAGCUCAAGGCCUCCUACGCACCUGGCACUUUACCGGACUCUCCCCCGGACUCUGGAUCAGAAGCAUACUCCCCCCAGCAGGUGAAUGAUCCUCACCUCCUUCGAACGAUGACUCCUGAGAACAUGUGCCACAUGACUCCCCCUUCACGGCUGGAGCACCCACCACCUCCACCACCUCCUCCACUCCCUCCACCAUCCCAUCUCCAGGGACCACCACCUCCACCGCCACCACCUCACCCACACCAGCAACAACACAACCAUCACUAUCCCAGCAUGCAGCGGGACAUGUACAUGAAGGCAGAGCCUCUUCUGCCACAGUUCACCAUUGGACAGGGCAUCUCACCUGGGGAUCUUCACCAUGCACAGCAGUCACAGAUGCUUCAUCAGCUACUGCAGCAGCAUGGAGCAGAUCCCCACAGCCUUCCAGUGCACCCUGCCAAGAAGAGGAAACACUCAGAGUCACCCCCAAAUACACUCAAUUCCCAGAUGCUCAAUGGGAUGAUAAAGCAGGAGCCAGGUACAGGGUCUGUGCCACUCAACCCUGACCGAGUCCAAACUCCUCCAUGGCACCAGCAAGGGCCGCUUUCACCAGGUCUGAUCCAAGACAAUGACAGCUUGAAUGGCUCCUACUUGGAUCCCAACUACCAGUCUAUAAAAUGGCAGGCACAUCAACAGAACAAGUGGGCAACUCUGUAUGAUGUCAACUACAAGGAGCUACCAAUGCCCACAUACCGGGUAGAUGCAGAUAAAGGCUUCAACUUCUCUGUGGGUGAUGAUGCUUUUGUGUGCCAAAAGAAGAAUCAUUUCCAGGUCACUGUCUACAUUGGCAUGAUUGGAGACCCUAAGUAUGUCAAGACUCCCGAAGGCCUGAAGCCAUUAGAAUGCUUCUACCUGAAACUUCAUGGCGUGAAGCUGGAGGCCUUGAAUCAGUCGAUCAACAUAGAACAGUCACAGUCCGACCGCAGCAAACGGCCCUUUAAUCCUGUCAUGGUCAAUUUGCCUUCAGAACAGGUUACAAAGGUCACUGUGGGACGACUUCACUUCAGCGAGACCACAGCAAACAACAUGAGGAAGAAAGGCAAGCCGAAUCCUGAUCAGAGGUACUUCAUGCUGGUUGUGGCCUUGCAAGCUCAUGCCCAGAACCAGAAUUACACUCUGGCAGCUCACAUCUCUGAGCGCAUCAUUGUUAGACAAAGGGCCGGUUCGGGGGUAAAACACAAACAGAGGGCGGACGGGGACCCCGGAGUCUGCAAACAAGCCUCUAAUCCAGGUCAGUUUGAGAGUGACAGUGAUGUUCUUUGGCAGCGUGCUCAGCUCCCUGACACUGUCUUUCACCACGGCCGAGUUGGCAUCAAUACCGACCGCCCUGAUGAAGCCUUGGUUGUCCACGGCAAUGUGAAAGUCAUGGGAUCUCUUAUGCAUCCAUCGGACGUCCGGGUAAAAGAUGACAUCCAGGAGGUGGACACCACAGAGCAGCUGAAGAGGAUAUCCAAGAUGCGAUUGGUGCACUAUAAUUACAAGCCAGAGUUUGCUGCCACUGUGGGCCUGGAGAACACUUUUGAAACAGGUGUCAUUGCUCAGGAGGUGAGAGAGAUUCUUCCAGAAGCAGUGAAAGAUUCUGGAGAUAUGGUCUUUAGCAGUGGAAAAACCAUAGAGAACUUCCUAGUGGUGAAUAAGGAGCGUAUUUUUAUGGAAAAUGUUGGGGCGGUGAAGGAGCUUUGCAAAUUGACUGACAACCUGGAAAACCGGAUUGAUGAAUUGGAGCGGUGGAGUCACAAACUGGCCAAGCUCAAACGACUGGACAGUAUGAAAUCAACUGUAAGCUCUGGAGCAUUCAGUCAAGCAGGAAGUCAGUUCAGCCGUGCUGGAAGCAUGCCACACAAGAAGAGACCCCCCAAAAUGGCCAGCAAGACCCCUUCUGUUGUCACAGAUCAAGCUUGUAUCAGCCAAAGGUUCCUUCAGGGCACCAUCAUUGCCUUGGUGAUCAUCAUGGCUUUCAGUGUGGUGUCCAUGUCUACCCUUUAUGUGCUAAGCUACCGCAAUGAGGAGGACUUGGUGGAUAUAGAGGGUUAUUUUGCUGUGCCUACAAGUUGCCUUCUGGCUCUCUUUCGGCACAGAGGUCCGGGCAUCCCAGUAGCUCUCUGUCCACGGACCAAUGACAACAUUGAUAAGAAUCAAAUUAUGUUUUCCACUGCGGCCUCCUCGAACACAUUAGAAGAUGCACUCCCUUCACAGCAUGCCACAACACAUGUGCCUGAUUCUUCAUAUGGAUUGUCUGCUCAUAGUGUAGCUGUGUGUUUGAACCCACCUUGUUUCUCUGUGUGCUGUUCUUCUGUCCCCAACAAUGUGUCUUCUGCUGCAGUUUCUGAUGCUACCACUACAGUCACCGCCAACCGGACAGACCAAAGCCUUCUGUCACUCUUACCAGUGACCAACAUCAAAGCCAAAUCCAGGGGAGUCACGGGCAAAGUGGCUUCUCACACAAAGUGGCCAAAGACUUCAGAGCGAUCACGGGGCUUUGGCAGCCCCAAUGCCAGCCCAUCCUCCCCCUUUACCCACAUCCAGGGCAAAUCCAAAUACAUUUCCAAUCUUCCUAUAUCAUAUAAUAGCUUUCCUCCUGGACAGUCACGACAGCGACGUGGCGUCAACCAACCAGGCCCAGAGGGGUCUAGCACUGGAAGCACCAACCAAAAUGCUCCUCUUCUUCAAACCAUAGCACUUGUGGAGAGUAAUGUGGUCUUUGAACCCCAGGCCUGUGCUCCUGGUGUUGAAUGCAGGACAGGAAACAUCACUUACCGCAUCCCCAUCAGCAAGUUUACCCCUGUGAACACAAACCUGACUUUGGAGAUGAAUGCUUCUUCUGCUGUGUCUGCCUAUUUUUGCAGUCUCGUGUCCACCAACCCAUGUCAGGACAGUGUUAUGAACACAGACAACUUCUCUGAUGCAAAAGACACCCAGACUGCAACAACCUACAGAUGGCCUGUGACAAUGCUGCCUUUCCAAGAGUUUACCUACCAUUUUCGAUUCACUAGCCCUGGCCAAGCAAACUGCAGUACUGAUGUGGACCAGAGGGGUUUUCUCUUUACUGACUAUUACUUCCAGUUCUACUGGCUCUGUGAGUGAGUCUCAGGAGAACCACUAUUUUUUCACAGGAACGAAAAUGAGCCCACAAGACUCAUUGAACCGGAUGUUCCCUUCUAUGGACCCAAGCACUAUCUUGUUGCUUCUGAUCUGUAAGCCAUUCCCUCUUGAGCUGGUUUGGUUCUUCUUUCAAGUGGUGGAAUUUUGGCAUUAAAAUGUCAGGCAACUUUGGGGAGGAAUACUAUUGUUAGGAAAACACUGAAAUGCAGUUUCUUUUUGCUUGUUAUAGAACAACAGCACCUCCCUUACCCCCUCUUUAUUACACUGGAUUUGAAACAUUUACACUGGAUCAUGCUUGGGUUUGGACACCUCAGAACUGUAAAAUACAGCUUGGCUGGGAAUGGAUCUCAGUACCCAGGGAAGCCAAUGAAGCAACUUUCUCAGAUAUUGAUAUUGCUUAUUCAUGAAACUCGGAGACCUCUUUUAAAUGAAGUAGAAACACUGGAUUUUUUUCCAUAAAGGAAUAUUGUGCCUGGAUGUAUUGCAAGUCAUACACUGGAGUUUCUGGCUUGGCUGGCAGCUAACCAUUUCUCUCUAAAUCUGUGCUCUGAAAAAGUCCUGAUGACACUGGAACUUGUGACUGACCAGUCAUUUUGAACAGCAAAUGCCAAUAGAAAAGCUACAGGAUUUACCUCUGGCUUUUUCCUCUCUGUUUUGCCAUAUAUUUACAUUCCAAGGGGAAAAAACCUCAAGAACUUUCUCAGGCUGGCUCGUAUUGCCCCCAAUGUGCCUUCUUUUUUCAGGGUUGGAUGACAAACGCUUCUCAGAAAGCAUUGUAUGUUUUUAACCGCCUCCUCUUAAACCAACUCAAAGCAGGGUUCUGGACUUUACCACUGGAUUCUAACAACUAUGGUGUUUUGAUGCAGAUUGUGAAAGCCUUGGAAGCCCAAUACACGGGGCAGAUCCAAAAGAGCACGUGGCAAAGCCCAUUCUGAACAUCACCAUCUUGUGCCAAAGGCUCAGGAGAGAACACCAGAAGAGGUCUACCUUAUGAUGACAAUGUCCAGACUGAAAAUAAUUUUGAUCCCCAAGGGGUCUCUGUCAGGAAACCUUUUUCGCUCCAGGCCUUGGGUCUUUUUGAAAUUCUGAGGAUAUUGUGGGUAACUUACUGUUACAAGGUUUUAACUUGCUAAACCACUUAUUUUUUUUAAUUGAGCUCGUUUAGUUAUUGAUUUGCUAGCCUCUCAUAGGAAACCAAAAUGGGCCAGUGCUGAGCACCAGCCUGUACCCAGACUCUAAAUUGGGUCCUGGGACAAAUCAGGACAGAUGUACAUGCACAACUAUUCAGCAUAUCAGGAUUUUACCCAGUAUUCAAGGGGGGGGCAGUUAGUUGAGAUUUCUUUUUAAGAGUAAAAACAGCUGCAUGAUGAGGACACAGGAAAGAAUAAGAAAUAUUAGUGUGCUGCUGCUACCUUUUUCUAAUCCUGAAUCUGAUUUUACAUUGAUGAUAGAAGACCAAAAACCAAUAUGCCUUUAGGUGAUUCUUGUCUCCAGGCACAGAAGAAGGAUUGACAUGAAAGGAACUCUGCUGCUGAUGGUUUAGUUGGGUUUUUUUUAAUGCAUUGUUAAAAAUUAUAUAAUGAUGCCUACAUUUCUGGAUGAAGCUGCCUAUUACUUGGUGCCCCAAGGUCAUUUCUAUUGUACAUACGCAAUUUGGUAUAAAACUCCCUGCCUCUUCUAAAAGAAUCUUGGUGACAGGAAAUGUUCAAGCCCCACCGGUCUACAAAAACUAAGAUUCUUGGGGUGAACGCAAAGUCAUGAAAGAUUCCUAAUUGUAUGCAUAUAAUCUCUGUGUCUGUUAGAGCUGUUCCUUGUGAUUCUAUAUGUUAACUCUUGGAAACAGUCAUCAGGAGAUGGGACAACUAGGUCUAUAGCAUCACUCAAAGCACUAGAGAUGGGCACUGGGGCCAUGGGCAGAAAUACAGUAGAUACUACCUUGAUAAGAUUGGUAAUAGCCUCUUAGUUGCCUACCUGUCAAGAAAAGAAAGAUGUCCAAGUACAAUUGCUAAUAGUCACCACUGUGUGGCACUCCUUUCCCAAGAGACAGAGCCCUAUCAUCCCUUGGCAGAGAGAAAGUGAACUACAGGCACAAUUUGACGUGAUAACAAAGAUCCAUAAUUACCUUCUCCCUUUUAACAGUUAUUUUGGCAUUAUGUCAAAGAAAUGUCAUUCAGACUGGAAAAUGUAAUUUAAUAGUGGCAUGCAGUAGUUGUGCUGUUAAAUCAGCUUUGACUGCUAAAAAAGCUCUCUGAGAGACCUUUGAGACACCUGUUAUUGAAAGCCCUGCUCAGGUCUUGCAAACUCAAGGCUGUGGUUUUCUCGACUGAAUCCAUCUACUGGUAAUGCAGUCUUUUCCUACUGCCUUCAGUUUUACAGAAAGUUAUUACAGACGGCAACUGCAUGUAACAUGGGAUAAAAAGUGGAAGACAAGGAUUUCAGAAACAAAUAACACUUUAGCCAAGGCAGUUUUCUCCCUGUUUAAAUUACAAAUCAAAGAAGCACAAAAUCAAUUCAGGCUGCAAUCCAUGCUGGUGUUUUAAGCCUCUUGAAGCCAAGUGGAACAAGUGAAUGUGUAGAACUGCACAAUUAAGCAUCUCUUAUGAAAAUAGGGCCAGAAAUGCAAAGCAGAUUUAGGUGUCAUCUGUGAAACAUCUUAUUACUGGCUGAAGAAUCCUAGUUAUUUUUAGGUAGAAAUCAUUAUGCAGUGAGUCUGCCUUUUCUAUCCAGAAAUUAUUUUCUGCAGUAAGAAAAAUAAACUGAUGGAAUGUGGUAAAAAAAAACAAGGUCAGAUUACAGGCAUCAGACAAUUUUGUUAGCAUGCCCUGUAAAAUUUCAUGAAGAGUGGAAACUAAGAGCAACUUUCAUCCAAACUUGUUCUUAGGCCUCUUCCACACAGCUGAAUAAAAUCCCAUAUUAUCUGCUUUGAAGUGGAAUAUAUGGCAGUGUGGACUCAAGAUAACCCAGUUCAUAGCAGAUAUUGUGGGAUUUUCUGCCUUAAUGACAGUGUCGAAGGCCCCUUAGUUGUUCCCAUCCUCUUCUCCGAAACACACAUUCAGAGUCUGAGUUAGGAGAUAGAGGUGAUGUUAGAAUAAAACAAAUAUAUUAAUAGGGGGUCUAUUUAUUGCCUUGGUCAGUGAUCGGCAUUUUCUUUUUUAAAAAAUUGAGAAGUUUUUCUGUCAUCUUCCUGCUGGGUAUUCUUGUGAUUGAGGGCCCUUCUACACAGCCCGAUAUCCCAGAAUAUCAAGACAGAAAAUCCUACAGUAUCUUCUUUGAACUGAUUAUCUGAGUGUGGGAGUUUCUGCUUUGAUAUUCUGGGAUAUAGUGCUGGGUGGAAGUGAUUUCCUUUAACUGUUAUCCUUCCCAACAUUAACUUACAAAUCUCUUGGGGCACCAGGUUUAUUUAUGGCACGCUGCACCCACUAUGUGACAGUGCUACAUGGAGAGAGUCUUAUGACCACUUUCUGAAGGAAGACAGACUUGCCACUCAGCUAAUUCCAAAAGUCAUUUUUUCUAAUACUCUUUUGUUAGUGUAUAGCACCUUGUUAGUCAGAUCUGCUGAUUUAUUGUACAUGCCACCUCAUCCAGGAACUAUUUUUCUUGCUACAGCUCUGCCCCCAAAUAUGCAUUUUCAAGUUCUAAUGGUCACCCAUGAAGAGUCACUAACAAAAACCAGCUUGCAAGACAGGCAUCCUGUAACCACUUAAGUAGUGUUUCCUAAUUUCUGGGGAAGAGAUUCUGAGACUGGCUCUCAGCACUCUGUUUACCCCCCCCCCCACACACACACACACAUACCACCAGCCUCUGCUUUUGGAGCAGCCACCAUUUGAGUGAUGGAUGCUUAUAUUACUCCAAGGCCCACAGCUGUGCCAUUCCUGCCCACAUUUCUAUCUAAUGUAAGAUUCUAGUAUCGCACAGGAAGAUCUCGUGAUUAAUCUCUUUCCCACUGUCACCAAUCAGCCACUUUCAUUAGAAUGAAUCUCUCCUGCCUGUUCUGGGGCUUCUCAUUAUAACCAAAAGUCAGAGAAAAAGCUACCAAUUUCUGCUCAUGAUAAUAACACCUGUAGCAGCUCAUAAUAGAGGUGGGUGGGCGUGUUGUUCCUCUUAGGCAGCAGAGGCAUCUUCAGUAUUUUAGGGCCACCUUUGCUGUUUUCCUUCCCAGCAGCAGAGGAGACUAGAAACACUCCAUUGCUAUGAACUGCCAAUAAAAUGUUGGUACUGAACUACCAACGCAUAAGUACCAUUGAAUUAAAAACAAUCUGGUGAGGACAUUCACAUUUUGACCUGACUAUCCCCUUGCCUACUCCCCAGUGCAUUAUAAAACCAGACAUCACUUUUAUUUCCUGUUUGGAUUAGGGUGAAGGCAGCAUAAAAAUAGUGACAUCUGAAGCACAUUAACCAAUCAUGUUUUUCUUCUCCCAGUCUAUUGGUGGGACCUGAGAGAAGGGCUGUACAUAUAGCAAAGAUUUUCACUGAUCAAUUCACAUCAGUGCUGUCUCAGAGAAUCCAAUAUGCAUAAUCCAUAACAGUAAUGUUCUUUACAUCAGUUCUUUAAAUGGUUUUAUUGUUUUAAAAUACUGUAACUUUUUACCAUUGUAUAGCACCUUUUUGUAUCUCAAAGUGCUUCACAGUAUUAGGUUUUUUUUUGGGGGGGGGGCGUUGAGAGAACCUGUCAAAAAUGGAAAAUUCAGUUAGUAACUGACUCAUGUGGUUUCAUGAGGACCUCAACUAGAUCGCCAUCACCAACUCUUUAUUCCCCCCUCCACUUGUGCCAUUUACAAACUGACCCAAAAUAGAAGAAUGAAGGGUUAAUAACUGGGUCUCUUCUUCAGGCUAAUGGAGGGAGGGGGACUUUCCUGCCUAGCAGGGAAUUCUCUUUUAAGUUGGAACAUGUAAUCCUCUCUACACAUUUUGGAACAAGGAUGGAUAUGGAGCCAACUUUUGAAGUUCGGCUCUUUUGAGGGGCCAGGAAUCAUUUCUCAAAUGAAAAUCCACAAGCCGCCUUAUGUCUCUUGUUAAAGCUUAAAGCCUGUAAAUAAGUUUUGUGCCAUCACUGUGAGCCUUAAUAUAAAGCACUAAUUUGAUUUGUUUAUCACAGCUUUAAUCACUGUAUAUUGCCCAUAAUUUCAGAGUCAUAUCCUUAGUAAAUACCUAUUAAGUUUUAUUGUUAUUUUGUUUUCGUGGAGACUUUCCUCCCCACUACCACCUGUCUUUCUGACAUGUAUUUAUAUUUUGAGUUCUGGAGACAUGACUCCUCUACUUGUUUUGCUUAUCUAGACUUUUAUUCAUAAGAAAUGUACCUAUAUAAAUAAAUAUAUAAGUAUACUACUUUGUAUCCUA